UAGUUUUUUUCCCCUUUUGCUUUUAUCUUCAUGUCUACUAAUUUCAAUAAUUUUAUUCUUCCUUCAAUUAACAAUAAUGGAAAUUGUUUAGAAAAUUAUUAUCGUUAUUUAGUAGGCAUGUCGAUAAAUCAGCCCUUAUCUCUUGUAAAUACUAUUAUUCAACAAAAUGAUAUGAAUCAAUAUCAAAAGCUUUAUGUAGAUACAUUAGUUGAUAUUACGACACUUACAAUUCGUAUGUCUUGGCCAAUGGAAUUAUCCAGUACAAAAGAAGGACAGCCAGUUGUGAAUACACAUGUCUUUGUUCGCCAUUUAUUAAAAAGAUCUCGUGCCACCCGUUCUACCCUUCAAUUAGCCAUCUUUUAUCUCUUUCGAAUUCGUCCUUAUAUUGCUAAACGUAGUCAAUUGGAUCCUAUUGUGAAAUGUGGACGACGUAUGUUUCUUGCUGCUCUGAUUUGUGCUCAUAAAUAUUUGUACGACAAUACUUUUACAAAUGCGAGUUGGGCCAAAAUUAGUAAAUUACCUGUCAAAGAAAUCAAUGCUGCAGAAAGAUCUAUAUUAGAGAUGUUAGAUUAUCGUUUAUAUGUCUCUACUGAACUUUAUCAAAAAUUUGAAUCUCAAUUAAGAGAGGCAAUGCCAUCUGCUACUACUACUACCAAUAAUAAGAAACGAUCAUUUAAUCAUGACUCUGAUGAAAGACAAGAACCAGUGAUUAUUAAGAAGCAAAAACAGCCCUCCUCCCAUAUUAACAUCACUCAUGGCAUCCCUACACCUGAAGAUGAUAAAGUUGACUUUUAUUAAUUUAUUUAAAUUAUCCAACAAAAAAAUACCCCUCUCUCUCUCUCUUUUUUUUUCUUCCUUUACUAUGUAUGUACAUUUAUGUUCAAUGUAAACAAACAAACAAAAAGUAUCACGUAGUAUAUAACCCAUAUUUUGUUUACUUUGUAAUAUUACCAAUAAUAAAGAAAUAUGUAAUCAUUCUUAUUAUUAUAAUAAGAGAGUGGGCUUUAUUACUGCUUACAUAAA